AUGGCAAAAAUUGUAUAUCUCAUUCUUCUCAUCUUAGGUUUGGCUUCUGUGAUCCAACUGGUUUAUGCUGGUGGGGAGAAAUCUCUUCGUCCAGAAGAAUGUGGUAAAGCAUGUGAUUAUCGCUGUUCAGAGACUAGUCAUAAGAAGCCAUGUUUGCUCUACUGCAACAAAUGUUGUGCAACAUGUUUGUGUGUUCCAUCUGGAACUUAUGGUAACAAGGAAGAAUGUCCAUGCUAUAACAAUUGGAAAACACAAGAAGGAAAACCAAAGUGCCCUUAA